CGCAAGGAGGGAGGCGGCCCGGGGAAGCCGUCUCGGCGCAUAUAAAGCGCUGCCGUCGGGCCGGACAGCGCCGCUCGCUCCCGGGACACUGCUGCCACCCUCUCGCCUGCUCGCCGCCCCCGCGACAUGGCUGCCGGCCGUCACCUCCCGCUGCCCGCGCUGCUGCUGCCGCUGGCCUGCGCGGCCCUGGCCCCGCGCACCCUCACAGAGAAACAGCGCGCCUGCCUGCUGCCCCCCGACGACGGCCCCUGCCGCGCCCUGGUGCCACGCUGGUACUACGACAGGUACACGCAGACCUGCCAGGAAUUCACCUACGGGGGCUGCCACGGCAACGCCAACAACUUCCUCACCCUCGACGACUGCGAGAAGAGCUGCUGGACCAUCAAGAAAGUGCCCAAAUUAUGCCGGAUGGAGGCUGAUGGAGGACCAUGCAGGAGUCAUCUAAAAAGAUACGCCUUUAACUUGAGCUCAAUGAGGUGUGAGGAGUUCAUCUACGGUGGCUGUUAUGGAAAUGGCAACAACUUCAGAGAUUUGCAGUCUUGUGUGGACCACUGCCUGCCAGAGAAAACUGGCCCCUUGCUGUGCUAUAGCCCAAAAGAUGAAGGAUUGUGUUCUUCUUCUGUGCCUCGAUAUUACUAUGACAGCAGUUCUAAAUCAUGCAAGGAGUUCAAAUACACCGGCUGUGGUGGAAAUGCCAAUAACUUUGUUACUGAAAAGGACUGCUACAAUGUCUGCAGAAAGGCAGGGACUCAGAAACCAGGAAUCAACAAGCCAAUGAAUGCAUUUCGCAGAAAAAUGAUGAGAAAACUGAUAAGGAAACCUCAGACAUACAAUCCAAAGCCUUAAAGCUGAUGUGCACUUUGUAUGUUUGAAACAACUUAUUUUGGUUCCGUUUUCUUCUUUUGUAAAACAGUUCCCACACAGUUUUAUACACUGACAUAGUUCUGUCUUUCAGAACUACUUUUUAUUUCCAACCUUUUAUAAAGAACUGCAUUUAAUAGAAGAAGAAUGAACCUAAGUUUGGUUCUUCUGCUCUGUUGUCUUUGCAGUAAUACAUUGUCAAAGCCAGGUAUUUAGAUUUCCAUGUUUUUAUGGGGGAAUGUUACUACUGCCUUGGGAGAAUAUUUCAGCUGUUACAAAUCAAUUAAGAUUUGAAAAAGCAAUUUUCUCUUAGUAUAACUAAGGAGAGUACAAAGCUAUAUCUCUACCAUGGAUUUUUUGGGCAUCCUCUGCUUGCUGAAGAAAAGGGACCUUUCAAAAGAGGUGUCUUGCCCUGCCAUUUUACAUACUUUGGCACUGUCAUUUAAGUAGACUGUCUUUUACAGUUGUGUUCAUAUUCGAAGCUUUCAGAAGUCUUCAUAACAGUAAAAGAAGUAUAAACUUAAAUCUGGCUCAUCCCACAAAAGAAAAUUUGGAAUAUGGAUACUUUGAUAAACACUCUGACAAAGGCAAUGAGUAAGAUACUUGAGUAUUAAAAUGAAAAUGUAACCAUUACUUUUUCAAGACAUUUGAAAUUUCUGCUAAGGUACACUCCAGCUCCUCAUAUGGCAUAAAUCAGUAUGCUUUUAUUGGUUUGAAUGGAGCUACACUGCUUACAUCUGCUGAGGUUCUUGGUAUUUGUGUUUAUGUGGUGGUUGUUAAAGCAGAAAAGCAGAAGCUUCUGCAAAGCUCAUGUAAUACCUCUUUUGAGGCACUAUUGUAUUUCUUAUGGUAGAUUAUGCCUAUGGUUAUAUUAUUGCACUUUCUUUUAUGUUUUGUAUUUGAGCCAUGUCUGAAUUUCAAUUAAUUUCACCUACAAUAUUGACUACAUAUGAAUUCAUAAGUAAUGUUAAUAAAAUGUUUUUGGGAAAAAAAAAAAAAAAAAGAGAGCUUGUCCUGUCUAAUGCUUCUGUUAAUUAUCCUGAGUUAGUUGUAUACGACAAUAUGUGUAAUGGAACCUAUUAUUUACUGAUUGUGACUCUAACAGAGUUUAGUUGUCUCUUAAAUAAUUUCCUUACGCUAAGGUCUUUAUUUGAAGAAAGCCAGUAAAUUGUAUUGAUGUCGUUCAUCCCCAGCAGUUUUUGUGGCUCAGUUGGCUCUCCCUAAAGGAUUGCUCUCAAAGGGUUGCUUAGUUAAGCUGAUUGUGUGCUGCUGGGUCUCCUGUUUGAUGUUCCAGUAUCUGCAGAGCUUGUGUGUGGGCAGUGGGCCAUUUGCUUCAAAUGAUAUUUGGUUUCAGUUAGAAAACUUCAGGUAUGUGCUUUAUCCUCAUUUCAAAGAGGAAACAUGAUGGGAAAACUAGUCAAAAUUUGGUUUUCUUACUGAUUUUUCUCUCACUGCUGGAUUUUCAAUUAAAGCAGUUGGCUGUGCUUGCCAUAGUCUUUCUACGA